GAGUUACUUACAUAAACAGAACACUUUCAAACAUGUUGGCAUACUUUGCUCUGGUACUUUUUUUUUGGUAAAAAAUAUUCUGUCUUUUGUUUAGUUAAUAUUUCAUACAUGGGUGAAAAUAAUGCUUAUUAUUUCAAUAGAAACUUGAAAUAACGAUCCAGUGAUCCCGUCUACAUAAUUAAAACAUCGCGGUAGAUCACGGCAUAAUGAGUGCACGAACCACUAUCCUCCACUAGAUGGCGACAAAUAGCCAUUGUCCAUGUCUUCAUCAAACGGGAUGGUGUGAAAGAUUAUUCCGUGCAGUCCUUUGGAGUUGUGCCCAACAGUGAUGACAGUUAAACGGCUUUAACGCACAGAGGAGUACUCGAUGUAAGAUGAACUCUGAGGACAAGUUGGAUGGGAUGCUGCUGAAGUGCAGCGGCGGAGGAAUAGAUGGAGGCGGGAGAGUGUGUCUGGGCGCGGGAGGAGGACUGGUGGUGAUGACCCUCGGGGAGCGAUCGCUGGCAAACCAACCUCUUUUGGCUGAGGAUGACGAUGACGACGACGAUGAUGAGGACUUGACUGGAAGUUCGCUGGUUACUCACGACCUGGUCCCUCCAGAACAGCUGAUGAUGCAGGAGGAGUUGACUAAGAACGGUGCAGAAGGACUAGAAGAGGAGGCAGGGGGCGAGGUUGGAGUGCAUUUCCCCCUGAAACUCACUAAUAAGUUGCCGUUUUCACUUCAGAUGCCACUGAGCAUCAAGCAGGAGCUGAAGCUCUCUGACCCUGCAGACCAUAUAAAGAAGGACAAAAAGGCAAUUAAGGACAUGACAGCGUACCCCAAGAAGAAAAAGAGGAAGCAGCGCUCCCCGGCAAAGAUCCUCGGCAUGAAUGACGAUGGAUCUGUGGCUGUACCCAACCCCAAGUGUCACGUUUGUGUUCACUGCAACGCUGCAUUCAGAACCAAUUACCAUUUGCAGAGACAUGUCUUCAUUCAUACGGGUGAGAAGCCAUUUCAGUGCAGCCAGUGCGACAUGCGUUUCAUUCAGAAGUAUCUACUGCAGAGACACGAGAAGAUCCACACUGGUGAGAAGCCUUUCCGUUGUGAUGAAUGUGGGAUGAGAUUUAUCCAGAAGUACCACAUGGAGAGACAUAAGAGAACUCACAGUGGAGAGAAACCCUACCAGUGUGACUACUGUCACCAGUACUUCUCCAGAACAGACCGGGUUUUAAAACACAGGCGAAUGUGUCAUGAAAACAGAGAGAGGAAAACAAACAAGACCGCUGGUAAAAUCGGACCUUUGCAUGAUACAGAUUCUUCAGGGUCUCCCUUCCUUUCCAAAGAGUGCUCUCUACCCAAGAAAAAGCGCCAAAAAUGUGCAGAAAAGAGCUCAGGCUCUUGCAUCACAGUCCUGACAGAAGGGCACACUUUUGCUGUCGAAGAAACGGAAGCGAAGGAAGGCCCGAGUCGGGAUAAAAUCGAAACUCCAUGUAUAUUUGCUGUAUCAUCCAAGGUCAAACAUGAGUAUGUGAUUCCUGACUACUCCGUGGAACUUCCUGAGGAAACRGCGAGCCAACAYGAAGAUGACGACGUAUCAUCAGAGGACACAACCCCUCCAAAAAUAGUCCUGAAGAAAGUCCCCAAGAGGAGCCUUAAACAGCCCAGCGAGCAAACCCCUCCCUGCUUGUCUUCCUCGCUGUCCUCCUAUGAGGAAGCCGAUAAGGUAGCGCAGUACACCUUUGAAAUUGUGGACAAGCAGGGCCUUUUAGACGUCGAGAGCAACGCUGACCUGGAAACAGUCGAAACUCUUCAAGGAGGAACGACUAAACCGGCGGCAAGUAGCACAAACUACGACGACGCCAUGCAGUUUCUCAAAAAGAAGCGUUACCUUCACGCCGCAAUGGCCAACAACAGCCGGGACUACGGGCUCAACACGAGCRCCAUGUCCUCUCAGCCGUCUGUUACGCAAACCGUGGUGUCGACCGUCAUCGAUGAAACUGUCCCCGCCACCAUCCUGGAGCCCCAGCCCAUCAACGCAGAGAUAAAGGCAGCUCAUGAGAAAAACGUUUUCCCUGAUGAGGUUCUUCAAACGCUGCUGGAGCACUACUCUACCAAAGCUAAUGGGCAAUCAGACAUUUCCUUCAGUGUCGCUGAUACAGAAGUGACUUCGAGCAUAUCUAUAAACUCCUCCGAUGUUUCGGACAGUAGCCCCGUGGAGAGCAUCGGAUCCUCUGGYGCCCAGGCUCAGCCACCUACAGAGAAGGUCACCCUCCUGCAGGAAUACUCCAAAUUUCUCCAACAGGCUCUGGAGAGGACCAGUCAGAAUGACAGCUACUUAACGAGUCAGAGCCUCAGCUUGGUCUCUGAAAACCCCACAUUAGCCGGACAACCUUUGUUCUCUAACGAGAAACAGUUCUCCUCACCCAGCAGGUUCAAAUCAGGGAUGAGCUCUCCGUUGAGGUCCACUUUGGAAAAGCCUCACUUUGCAUUAUUGGUCGGAGACUCCCAGCACUCGUUUUCAUUUUCAGGUGACGAGACGACUCCGCCCUCGGCGGUGUCUCCAGCUGAUGAGGACUUCCUGGAUCAGGUCUCGCCCUCGAAGAAGUCUGACUCUACGCAGGGGAUACUGCAGACGUUCCAGAUCAACUCCUUUGAUCAGAACUUCAAGUCUCAUUUCCAGGCGACGAGAGCCGCAUCGUCCUCGCAGUUCACGGUCACCAACGGACAAGUAAGCGUCAGAGGACACGGCGCGGACUUCUCCGAGUUCCCUUUAGUUCGAGUCACUGAGACCAGGGUUCAAUUGAACUCAUCCCCUGAUGUUUCAACCAGCGAAUCUUUUGGCUGAAGGAAAAAACAGGGAAAGAAUUUAUUUGUUAAUUUUAGCAGCACUUUAUUUCAUCUGUCUUGUUUUGCCAAAACUAUUCACAACACAAUCAUGUUUUCUUAAAGCGGUUUGAAAAAUAGUCAUGUUUUGUUUGUACUCAAACCUCUCAUAAGAUACUAAUAAUAAUAACUCAUGAAAUCAUA